GUUGACAGCCGGGUCCUUCUUCUUUGCGCCGCCGCCUGUAACUCUGGAAGGUUCUGACCGGGACCGGGUGGAGAGAUCAAAAUCUGAGUCCAUCUGAAGCCGGAUCGUCCUGUUUCAGCCUCGGGACACUUCAGUCCCGUUGUUAACACGUCCCUGAACAUUUUAUAUCGUAUAUAAAGUCGCGAUGCCUGAAGCGAUGGCAGCACCUAAAGCCUCAAACGGAGGCAAAAACAAAGGAGGGGCGUAUGUGGACCGCGACAAGCCGGCCCAGAUCCGCUUCAGUAAUAUCUCUGCUGCAAAAGCUGUCGCAGAUGCCAUCAGAACAAGCCUGGGACCCAAAGGAAUGGAUAAGAUGAUCCAGGAUGAGAAAGGUGACGUGACCAUUACAAAUGAUGGGGCCACCAUCUUGAAGCAGAUGCAGGUUCUUCAUCCCGCUGCCAAAAUGUUGGUGGAACUGUCCAAAGCUCAGGACAUUGAGGCUGGUGAUGGCACUACCUCUGUGGUGGUAAUUGCAGGAGCACUGCUGGACGCCUGCUCCAAACUGCUGCAGAAAGGUAUCCACCCCACCAUCAUCUCGGAGUCCUUCCAGAAGGCCGUAGACAAAGGCGUGGAGGUGCUGACGUCCAUGAGCCGUCCAGUGCAGCUGAGUGACCGUGAGACACUGCUCAACAGCGCCACCACGUCGCUGUGCUCCAAGGUGGUGUCGCAGUAUUCCAGCCUGCUGGCACCCAUGAGCGUGGAUGCCGUCAUGCGAGUCAUUGACCCAGCCACAGCCACUGGCGUUGACCUGCAGGACAUUAAAAUCAUCAAGAAGCUGGGAGGGACCAUCGAUGACUGUGAGCUGGUGGACGGUCUGGUUCUGACUCAGAGGGUGGCAAGCACUGGUGUGACCCGCGUGGAGAAGGCCAAGAUUGGCCUCAUCCAGUUCUGUCUGUCCCCUCCCAAAACGGACAUGGACAACCAGAUCGUAGUUUCAGACUACGCCCAGAUGGACCGUGUGCUGCGAGAGGAGCGUGCCUACAUCCUCAACAUGGUUAAACAGAUUAAGAAGGCUGGCUGCAACAUGUUACUGAUCCAGAAGUCCAUCCUCAGAGAUGCUCUGAGCGACCUCGCUCUGCACUUCCUCAACAAAAUGAAGAUCAUGGUGGUGAAGGACAUAGAGAGGGAGGACAUCGAGUUCAUCUGCAAGACCAUUGGCACCAAACCCAUCGCCCACAUUGACCACUUCACUCCAGAGAUGCUCGGCACAGCAGAACUGGCCGAGGAGGUCAACCUGGACGGCUCCGGCAAACUGGUGAAGAUCACAGGUUGUACCAGCCCAGGAAAGACCGUCAGCAUCGUGGUUCGAGGCUCCAACAAACUGGUGAUCGAGGAGGCGGAGCGUUCCAUCCAUGACGCUCUGUGUGUCAUCCGUUGCCUGGUCAAGAAGAGGGCUCUGAUAGCUGGUGGCGGGGCUCCAGAGAUCGAGCUGGCGGUGCGUCUGGCCGAGUACUCACGUACACUGGGUGGCAUGGAGGCCUACUGCGUGCGGGCGUACGGUGAUGCCCUUGAGGUGAUCCCCUCAACGCUUGCUGAAAACGCCGGCCUGAACCCCAUCUCUACAGUGACGGAGCUCCGCAACAGGCAUGCCCAGGGAGACAAGAUGGCCGGCAUCAACGUCCGCAAGGGAGGAAUCUCCAACAUCCUGGAUGAGCUGGUGGUGCAGCCAUUACUGGUGUCCAUCAGCGCUCUGACCCUGGCCACAGAGACGGUCCGCAGCAUCCUCAAGAUUGAUGACGUGGUGAACACUCGAUAAGUGGUGUCCGUCUGUCCAUGGACUUUUGUCAGUAAGCCUGUUCGUAUCAGAGGACUCUGUCGACAUCCAUCUGCUCAGACUUCCACUGUAGUUGUUACGUUGCAUAAUUUAAUAAAAAAGGCUUGUUUUUUGUUGACACUCCA